GUUUAGUGUCGAAGUCGGCGUUACUGCGGGUGAAACUUGCAAGCCACACUAUAUAACAAACGUGUCUUUGAAAAUUCUCGUGUGCCAUUUUAUAGAUUAUUGAGACGUGAUCUCUGUUGUUACUCUUCAAUUGUCGCUUUCUUCUUUAUUUUCAAACAAUUUCCUUUUCUUUUCUCCCUCUUGACAAUGACCCAAUCUCUAACACUUUGCUGUUCUGUUUACUAUUUCUCUGUAGGCGUUUUCUACACAUAACUUCAGUAGCUUGUUUCUCCGCAGUUUGUAUUGAGCUUAAACUCUGUUUUUACCUCUUUCUGAAGAAGACCCAUAUUUUAAUUUAGUUGUUAGGUGGUCUUCUUGCUUUCAGAGAACCUUUCUUUACGUGUUAUUAUCUGGGUCGGUCUUUGUUUUCUCAAAUUUUUAAUUCAUUUGUUUGUUUGUUUGUUGAGGCUUGUCAUUUGUACUUGGUCCAAGUCAUCUUUCUUUAUAAGUCUUUCUCUUUCUCUACUUCUCUCAUUUGUUCCUUUUUUUCUUUUCCCUUUUUCCUCUGGGAUCAGUACUCGGUUGUUUGUUUGUUUACAAUUUUCCUUUCUCAGUUGGUGUGUUUUCAACAAUUUUGCCUUUCCCUUCUCGUAUUGUGAGUGGGUGGGAAUGGAGGAAAGGUAUGAGCCAAUUAAGGAGCUUGGUUCUGGAAAUUUUGGAGUGGCAAGGCUAGUGAGGGAUAAGAAGUCAAAAGAGCUUGUUGCUGUAAAGUACAUAGAAAGAGGGAAUAAGAUUGAUGAGAAUGUCCAGAGAGAAAUUAUCAACCACAGAUCUUUGAGACAUCCAAACAUUGUCAGGUUCAAAGAGGUUUUAUUGGCACCAACACAUUUAGCAAUCGUCAUGGAAUAUGCAGCUGGUGGUGAACUCUUUGCAAGGAUAUGCAAUGCUGGUCGAUUUAGUGAAGAUGAGGCAAGGUUCUUUUUCCAGCAACUAAUUUCUGGAGUCAGCUACUGUCAUUCCAUGGAAAUUUGUCACAGGGAUCUAAAACUAGAAAACACACUUUUGGAUGGCAGCCCUACACCACGACUUAAGAUAUGCGAUUUUGGUUACUCCAAGUCAGCUUUGUUGCACUCACAACCCAAAUCAACAGUUGGAACGCCAGCGUAUAUUGCUCCUGAGGUCCUAUCACGAAAGGAAUAUGAUGGGAAGAUUGCAGAUGUUUGGUCAUGUGGGGUGACAUUGUAUGUGAUGUUGGUUGGAGCAUACCCUUUUGAGGAUCCUGAAGAUCCUAGAAAUUUCCGUAAGACGAUUGGGAGAAUAAUGAGCGUUCAGUACUCCAUACCAGACUACGUACGCGUCUCAGCAGAUUGCAAGCACCUCCUUUCUCGUAUUUUUGUAGCCAAUCCUGCAAAGAGGAUUACCAUCCCGGAGAUAAAGCAGCACCCCUGGUUUCUGAAAAACUUGCCGAAGGAGCUCAUCGAAAUUGAAAAAACAACAUAUGCAGAAUCAGAACGUGAUCAACCAAGUCAAAGUGUUGAAGAAAUAAUGCGUAUCAUACAAGAGGCAAAGACGCCUGGGGAAGGUGCCAAAUUUAGUGAGCUAGCUGUUCCAGGUACAUCUGAUGACUUGGAUGCUGAUUUGGAGUCUGAAAUUGAUAUCAGUGGUGAAUUUGUUCCUUAGGAAAAGCCUGAGCUUGCAAAUUAUGCGCAAAGGAUUGUUUUUCCUUCUCUAUUGGUUUCAGAGUUAAUGGUUACAUGCCUUUUAUAUUGUCAUCCACAUUAUGAAAUAUAGGCAUUGCCUUGCUCUGGUGGUAAGGCAUUGCCUUGCUCUGGUGGUAAAGGAUGUUUACCAUGUAUACUGCAAACAUCUUGCCCCAUCUCAGGAACUUUUAGCAGUUGGCUUCAAAGACGUUAUGUCCAAUUUCGCAUGUUCAUCUUCUGUUUGCUUUCCAAAAUUGGAUGGUUCGUUAUUCUCAUUGGCUUGUGAUUCCGUUGGGGCUUACAAACGAUGCAACCAUUCUGGAACUAGUUUGAAACCUGACCUUGGUUUGCUUUAGCUUUUUCUGUUUAGUUUUGAUUUGCAGCUUUAUUUGCUGUCGUGGCCACAGUAGCUGGACGAACUGUUUGCCGGAUGUCUUUUCCUUUUUUAUCAAUAAAAUGUUUAUUCCAUUAUA